AUGGGCAGCGGCAACCCAAGAGGCCCAACCAACAGCGGCGGCGCCCCUAGGGGCCUUCCCAGGUACAGUGGGGCCCCUAGGGGCCUUCCCAGUACAGUGAGGCCCCUAGGGGCAUUUUCCAGUGGCGGUGGCGCCCCAAAGGGCCCUCCAAAGGACGGUGGCGCCCCCAAGGGCCCUCCCAGGGGCUACGGCGCCCCCAGGGGCCUUCAAAAUGGCGGCGGUGCACUCAGGGGUCCUGCCAGGGACAGCUGCACUUUAGGGUGCCCUCCCAGGGAUUGCAGCGCCCCCAGUAGCUUUCCCUUAGAAGAGACCGCCCCAAGGACCCUAACAAGGGCGCUGGCGACUCGGGGGCUUUUCCAGUGA